UUACCAUCAUUGGCGGGGCCCCGCCUCGGGCCCCGCCCCCUGUCCGGCUCCCUGCUCCCAUUGUCUCCGCAGAUGCCGCUUGGUCCAGCUAUCGUGCUCGGUGUUCAGUUUUCCGAGGUCGCGCUCUUUCUCUGCCCCGCGGAGAGGUCCCGCGGCAGAGAACCGGCUUCCCGAGUUCGGGCUGUUCUUUCCUUCUUAGGACACACUUUGCUGAACCAGGGCGGCAGCAGCUAUGUCCGCUCUGCGAUCUCUUCUGCUUCUGCUGCUGUCUCUGUGUCCCGGUCCUGGUCCUGGACCCGGGAGCGAGGCAAAGGUCACCCGGAGUUGCGUUGAGACCCGGCAGGUGCUGGGGGCCCGGGGAUAUAGCUUAAGCCUACUCCCUCCCGCCCUGAUCUCAGGUGAGCACCUCCGGAUCUGUCCCCAGGAGUACACCUGCUGUUCCAGUGAGAUAGAGCAGAGGCUGACUUGGGAGACUGAGACCACCUUCCGAGGCCUGGUGGAGGAGAGCAGCUCAUUCCUGGUUCACACGCUGGCUUCCUGGCACAGAAAAUUUGAUGACCUUUUUCGGGAGAUACUCUUGUCAUCUGAGCGCUCUCUGGCCCUGCUCUUCCACCACUCCUUCGGCCGCCUGUAUUCCCAGCACGCCCCUGUAUUCAGUGGCCUGUUCUCUCGGCUGCGGGACUACUAUGAGAGGUCCGGUGAGGGGUUAGAUGACGCUUUGGUGGAUUUCUGGGCACAGCUCCUGGAGAGAUUUUUCCCCCUGCUGCAUCCACAGUACACCUUCUCCCCCGACUACCUGUUUUGCCUCACUCGCCUCGCCUCCUCUGCUGAUGACUCUCUGAAGCCUUUCGGGGAUGCACCCCACCGCCUCCACCUGCAGAUAACCCGGGCCCUGGUGGCUGCCCGGGCCUUUAUCCAGGGCCUGGAGACCGGAAGAGAUGUGGUCAGCGAAACACUUAAGGUGCCCAUGUCUGAAGGAUGCAGGCAGGCUGUGAUGCGUCUGACUGGCUGCCCCCUCUGUCGGGGCAUCCCCUCGCUGCCACCCUGCCGGGGCUUCUGCCUCAAUGUGGCCAAUGGCUGUCUCCGAAGCCACGGACUGGAUCCUGACUGGGGGGCCUAUCUGGAUGGUCUCCUGUUCCUGGCUGAGAAGCUCCAGGGCUCUUUUUCUUUUGAGCUGGCAGCUCAGUCCAUUGGGGUGAGGAUCUCAGAAGCUUUGAUGUAUCUGCAGGAAAACAGUGUGGCAGUGUCAGCCCAGGUGUUUCAGCAAUGUGGGAACCCCCAACGGGUACAAGGCCGCAGCCGCCGAGCCCCAGCCCCCCCGGAAGAGGUGGGGCGCCUCUGGACCUCGGCGGGAGCGGUGGGGGCGGCAGGGGUGCCAGGUACGGAGGAGAGGCCCACGACGCCUGGGAGCACCAGCCUGAACCGCCUGGUGUGGGAGCUCCGCGAGCGGCUGGGCCGGGUGAGGGGCUUCUGGGCCGGGCUGCCUCUGGCCGUGUGCGGGGACCCCCGCAUGGCAGCGGACAUCUCGAAGGAGGCGGCUCCCUGCUGGACCGGAGCUGGGCGGGGCCGGUAUUUGUCGCCUGUGGUCGGGGUCUCCCCGUCCGAGCAGCUCGAUAACCCAGAGCUGGGCAAGGAAGACUCGAGCACCGACCUCCAGACGCGGAGGCGGCGGCUGCAGCUCCGGGCGGCGACGACCAGGAUGAGGGUGGCCGCGCUGGGACGCGACCUGGAACUGGACGACUGGGAUGAAGACGCCAGUGGUUCUGGAGAGGGACAGCACUAUGCAGAUGACUGGAUGGCUGGGGCAGCAGCUGUGGCCCCCCCAGCCAGGCUGCCUCGCCCUCCUCGAAGGGACGUUAGUGGGGGCAAGGGAGGAGGUGUCCUUGUCCGCCACAACCAGGGCAGGAGCAGGACUGGGGGGACAUCUGUUGGUUUUCACACCCAACCCAUUCUCAUUCUCUUCCUGUCAGCCCUGGCCCUGCUUGGACCAAGAUAACAGGGGAUGGGUGCCCUAGCAUCAGAAGGGUUCAUGGCCCUUCCCCUCCUCCCCCCUGCCCUUCAGCUGGGUCUGGGGAGGAAUCGAAGGGGGAUGCAGAGAGGUAGAGAAAGGGACUUUUUGGGUGAAUGGCUGGGGCCCCAAAUCCAGGAGAUUACCAUUGGUGGGUUGGGGGUGGGUGGGUGGGUGGGUGUUCACAAUAUUUAUUUUUUCAUUUACAGUCCGGGGAGGAGGGAGCCGGGCGUAUUUAUUUAGGAAGGAGGUGUACUCACCAACCAAGCCUCUAUGUUGGGCCAGUUGUCAGCCCCAACAAGGAAAAAGGGAGGAGUUUUAGAGUUGCCACUGGGGAUGGGGUUCGAAAGAAGCUGGAAGUGGGGAGGGGUGGGCCACCUGGGCUCAGAGGGACAAAGCUGGGUGCUGAUGGGGUGCAGGGCAGGGGACUAGGGUAUGUGAAUAGGGUCAAGAUCUGUGGGCCUGGUUUCUCUGGAGUUUUCUCAGUAUCAAUUUCUUAAAACUAAAAUACCAAAAAGAAAAAAAAGAGCUCCUCUCAUGAUCUCUGUCAUCCACAUCCUUCACAAGCUUCCACACUUCAUGCUUCAGUGUUGGAUUCAGUGUUUAUUCCACAAAUAAACAGCUAACGUAUUGA